AUGUCUCUCAUAUUGAAUAUCUUAAGAGAGAUACUGGGAUAUUUCGGUGUUCACAUGGACCAGGUUUUGCAGAUUUGGGGAAACAAAGAUUAUGGAUCAGGUCGGAGUAUUGUUCGUAUUAUUGGGAAAAUUCUUCCUUUAGAAGCCUGUUGCAGGCCUGAUUUUGAGCUGAUCCCAUUCUUGAACUCUGUAGACUCUGGUAACUGUGGCUCUGCAGUUCCAUCCUUUGCUGAUAUUUUGUGUGUGGCAAAUGAGGAAGAACCCAUUUGUCUCAGAUUUCGAAAUGGUAUAUGGAAAAAUGAGGAAGAGGAAACUGAGGUUUUCCAUCCUUUGCAACUAGCUCAGGAUCCACACUCACCUUGUCUAAGACAUAACAAACCAACGAAAAGCUCUCAGCCUGUAAAUGAAGCUGCAAUUAAAAAAAUUGCUGCCCUUGAAGAUGAGCUAGCUUCUCUCCGUUCUCAGAUUGCUGCAAUUGUGCAAAUGCAGGAACUGAAAAGUAGUACUCAUUCUGGCUCCUUUGACUCAACCGAUGGGGCUGGUGGUUUGGGACAAGUGCCAUCAUCAGGAACUGCUCAGCUGAGUGUCAGACCAGAUCCAUUUUCAAGUUCAGUGCUUCCCGCUCCGCCUCCUCCUCCACCUCCUCUGCCCCCUCAGUUUUCUUCUCUGCAGCCUCCAUGUUCUCCUGUGCAGCCAGAAUAUACUUAUAGUUGUGACUCAGAUAAUACAGCGACUGAAAUGAAAAAACAGCAUCCCGGUGCCAGUAAGACCAGUUAUAAUUGUCCUUCAAAACACCAGAAAAACAAAGAUGUUCCCAACAUGUUGGACGUUCUAAAGGAUCUGAAUAAGAUUAAACUUCGUGCUAUUGAACGUUCACCUGGAGGCAGACCCAUCCAUAGGAGGAAAAGACAUAGUUCGCAGUGGGACCCGGUGUCUUUAAUUUCCCAGGCACUGAAGCAGAAAUUUGCGUUCCAAGAAGAUGACUCCUUCGAGAAAGAAAAUAGGUCUUGGGAAUCUUCUCCCUUUUCUAGUCCAGAAACCUCAAGGCUGAGCUCUAACAAUUUUGGACAUCACACUCCACAGUCAAAAGGGCAGUGA